CUCGCGUAUUCGGGGAACAUCAUCACUCCGCUCCUGGAGCGAGUCCGCUGGCCAAUCAAAUAGAGAAUGCAAACAAUGUGUUCGAGAUGAGACUUCGUGAAUUGAAGGUCAUAUCAAAAAAUUCUCAGAAGAAUUCAAAUCACUCGGAAGCUAUUCACAAUGAACUUGACCGAACAAGCUCAAAUAUUACACCAGAACUAUAUUCGUACCGGAUCGAAGCCAGCAUUGGAAUCUGCGGUCAAAUUAACACAGAAGGCCGUAGAUACGACACAUCCAGCGGAUCCGGACCUUACGGAAGCAUUAUUCCAGCUGUCUAUCCUGCUUGGAUUGAGAUAUGAACUUACGAAGAAUGCCGAUGACGCGAGAAUGGCAGUAGAUGCCGCUGAGAAGGCUGUUGAUGCUGCCCCGUUGAGUCAACUAGAACGCGCGGCUCUCUUCAGCAACCUGGCGACCCGACUUUCUAGGAAAUUUGAGCUUACGAGAUGUAUCAACGACAUUGAUCGGGCCAUCGAGCUGUCUGAGACAGUGAAAGAUGAGACGCCGCCUGGUGACUCGAGACGAGCUAUGCGCUUGAAUAACCUUUCAAAUUUUCUUGAGAUGCGAUUCCAACAGACGCUCGUGGAGGACGACAUAAAUCGUGCUGUACGGACUACAAACUUGGCACUUGAUGCGAUAGUCGACGAUACGGAUCGAGCCCCGAUACUAAACACUAAAUCAACAAUGCUCAGGUCGCGCUUCGAAAAACUAGGGAAUGUGGAAGAUUUCAGCAAAGCCGUUAGAUCUGCCAAGGAAGCUGUUUUUCUCACUCCUCCUGGAGAUUCAAAAAGGACUCUCAGAUUGCAUAAUCUCCGAGCACUCCUAGAUCAUCCAAUUUCAGUUCCCAUGAAUGUCAAAAACAUCAGUGAGCUCAUAGACGUCGCUAGAGUAAGAGUUGAGGUCACGCCAAUCAUGCAGACCAACAGAGCAACUGCACUGAAGCCUCUCAGAGAUCUCUUGGUGUUACGCCACGAGCAACAACGGUCAAUCGGUGACUUGGACGAGGCCAUCGAAGCUACUAAAUGUGCACUUGACAUGACUUCUGACGACGCAGAUGCCGUAUACAUAAUGAACGACCUGGGAUCCCUCCUUGGCCUCCGAUUUCAAGAGCUGAAGCAGCUGAGAGAUAUAAAUGAAGCUGUACGGCUUACCGAAAUGGCCGUGGGUACCCCUCAUCCCGACUUUACGGUUUUGCCUUUCUGGCUGAAAGACUUGGGGACCUGGCUUGCCCUUAGAUCUGAACACAUUGGAUCAGAAGCUGAUCUUGACCGAGCUAUUGUGGUUUUUGAAAUGGCUUUAGGCAUGACUAGCAACGACUUUCCAGAUCAAGUCGAACUCCUAGGGUCACUGGGAUCUUGGCUUGAGACUCGAUUUGAUAAGACUGCCAAUAUGCCCGACAUCAAUCGCGCUCUUGAGGUCUGUGAGAUUGCUUUCGAUGCCACGUCUUUAGAUCACCCCGAAAGAGAGAAUCUGCUCAUUCUACGAAGUAGGCUUCUCCAACGAGUGGAAGAAAAAGCUAGAGUUGUAUGGGAAGUGUCGAGCGAGUAGAAAGUGUCGCCAUUGAGCGCGUCAGCACAUGACUUCUUGAGUCGCUUUCAGCUCUUUUGCCAAAAGUAAUUUGGCUGUAUUCCAUAGUGCCUCGUGUGACCUUCAGCGCAAGCACA